AUGGCUGUGUGGUUCAGAAGAUGGCGGCUUCUUCUGCUGCUCAAUGGGAUGGGGGUGCUGGGGAUCAUGACAGUGUGGGCCGCCAUUAACAUCCGCAGCUUCCAAAUCAUUUUUCGUCCAGACGUUCCGGUGGGCGUGAGGAGGCCGGAGCUGACUAGCUGGACCGCAGAGGACGAGCUGGGCAGCCGGGUCAAGUCGCUGGAGGACAUCGUGUAUGGACACCUGAACGGUUUGUCCAAAUCUCUGGGCCUGAUCGAGGGCGACAGCGAUCAGGGCCGAGAUGUAUCGCUUUCCACGCUGCCCCCGCAUGAGAAGACCCUAGCCCAAAACCUGAACAAUAAGUACGGCUACAACGUCUACCUGAGCGACAGAAUUUCUCUGGACCGCACCAUCCCGGAUUUCAGACCCAGCAGAUGCAAAGAGCUGUCCUACCCGAGCGACCUCCCUCAAAUCGCCCUCAUCUUCAUCUUCGUCAACGAGGCUCUGUCCGUCAUCCUGCGCUCGGUGCACUCAGCUGUCAAUCACACUCCGCCUCACCUGCUCAAGGAGAUCAUCCUGGUGGACGACCACAGCGACGACGAGCAGCUGAAAGGACCUCUGGAGAAUUACAUGAAGAAGCGCUUCCCUGACCUGGUCAAGAUCGUCAGGAACCAGAGGAGGGAGGGGCUGAUCCGGGCCAGAUUGGAGGGUUGGAAGGUGGCCACCGCCGACAUAACGGGCUUCUUUGAUGCCCACAUGGAGUUUACUCCAUUCUGGGCUGAGCCGGUUCUGUCCAGAAUCAAGGAGGACCACACGAGGAUCGUCCUGCCGACCAUCGACAACAUCAAACACGACACCUUUGAGGUGCAGCCCUAUUUCAACCCGGCCCAUGGCUUUGACUGGCAGCUGUGGUGCCUGUACGCAAAGACGCCCAGAAAGUGGCUGGAGAAGGAUGACACCACCGCCCCCAUCAGGAGUCCCUCCAUGAUCGGCUGCUCCUUCGUGGUCAACAGGGUCUACUUUGACGAGCUGGGCCUGUUUGACCCGGGCAUGGACAUCUAUGGAGGGGAGAAUGUGGAACUGGGCAUCAGGGUGUGGACAUGCGGGGGCAGCAUGGAGAUUCUUCCGUGUUCCAGAGUGGCUCACAUCGCUCGCUUCAAGAAGCCCUACUUGACAGACAACCUCACCACCCUAAUGCGGCGCAACGCCCUGCGCGUGGCCGAGGUGUGGAUGGACGAUUUCAAGUCCAACGUCUACAUGGCCUGGAACAUCCCCAUGAAGAAUCACGGCAUCGACUACGGAGACGUCUCCGAGAGGGUGGAGCUGAGGAAGAGGCUGCAGUGUAAGAACUUCCAGUGGUACGUGGACAACAUCUACCCGAGCCUGAAGAACUUCAACAACACCAUCCGAUACGGAGACAUGCGCAACUCCAAAGCGAAGAAUUUGUGUUUGGACCAGGGCCCCGCGAAGGGCAAUACGGUCAUCUUGUACCGCUGCCAUGGGUUGUGGCCUCAGCUGGUUCGUUACACCAGUGAGCAUCAUCUGAUGGUGGGCUCACUGGGCAGCUUUUCCUGGAGCGCUCACUGCGUGGUGGACGAUCCCAGCAGAGCCGAACCGCAGCUCCUGGACUGCAACCAGGUGAAGAGCAUGCAAGGGACCCGGUGGAUUUACGCGGAGAACACGUCGGUGAUAAACAUCACCACGGGGCGCUGCUUGGAGGUGGUGCCCAUCGAGGAGCAGCCCUUUUUCAAGGUGGUGCUGCAGACUUGCUCCGGACAGAGGUGGACCAUGAGCACUUUUACUGCCGUCCCGUGAUGCGCUGCGCUGACGUCCCUUGUUCAGAAACACCCGCAAGUGUAUUCCUCUCACUGCCCUGCCGAAGCCGAAAUAGAGUGCUGCUGAAAAUCAGUCACACACUAUUUGUCCAGAACGAUGAUUGAUA